GUCCCGGAGGUCCAACGAGCCUCGCUACGCAGGCACUGUGCGUCGCACGCGCUGCUGCUGUCGCCAGUCGCCGCGGCCUGUGGAAGCUCCGAUCUCCGCUUCGGCCGCCGCCUCAGACCCGGCCCCGCCAUGUAUCCGGCCUGGGGCCUGUACGGUGCGGCGGGGCACUACCCGCCGCCCCCCACCUCGAUACCGCCCCCGCCGCUACCCGUCCCCCCGCCCGUGAUGCCCCCCUCCGUCCCGCCGCCGAACUACCCGCCCCCGGGCCCAGGUGUGGCCCCCGCGCCCGGCGCCUCGGGCUUCCUGAGCCUGCAGGAGCAGCACCUGGCCCAGCUGCAGCAGCUGCAGCAAAUGCACCAGAAGCAGAUGCAGUCGGUACUUCUGGGGGUUCCCCCGCCCGGGCCGCCGCCCCCGGGCCUGCCCCCUCCGCCUCUCCCCGGCUCCUUCACCGACUGGCCGCCGCCGCCAGUGCCUCCCCCCGUCCGCAGCUACCAGAAGCAAUUCAAGCACCGCGAGCCGCCCCCGCCGCCCCCACCCCGGGACCCCCAGGUCUGCAAGCCCCCGGCGCCCCCCUUGCCCCGAGAGCAUGAAACCCUCCAGCCGUCUCAGCCCCACAGCGACUGGGAGCACCUGCCUUCUUCCCCAGUGCCCAUGGACAUGGAGCUGUCCUCUCCGCCACAGUCGCCCCCGCCGCCUGAGCAGGCCUAUCCACCCCCUUCGCAGGCCUAUAUCCCCCCAGCCCAGUCUGAACCCUAUAUUCCCCCAGCCCAGCCACCCCCUUCCCAGUCCCCUCCGCCCCAGUCUUAUUUGUCCCAUUCUCAGCUCUCCCAGCCACCACCACCGUCCUAUUUAGAGCCCCCUCCACCAACUGCCCCUCAAUCCUAUUUACCCUCCUCCCAAUCCUAUCAGACACAUUCUCAAUCUUACUUGUCCCCUUCCCAAUCAUCCCUUUCCCAACCAGCACAGUCUAGUUUGACACCAUCCCUUUCUCAGUCUAAAUCUCACUUUGCUGCAUCCCAGUCAUCCUUGCCCCCUUCCACUCCUGCUCAGCAAGAGGCAGUGCAGAGUGCUGCUAAGGACACCAGUGACAGUUCUGACCAGCACAGCACCCCACAGCCAGACCCUUCCACUAUGACCCCCCAGGAACAGCAACAGUACUGGUACCAGCAACACUUGCUAAGUCUGCAGCAGAGGGCAAAAGCACAUGCACAGGGACAGCAGCAACCGAAGGGUCCAGGAAUAAUGGUGAAGGAUGCACCUGAGCAGAGAAUACAGCAAGAAGAAGGGAAAGUGACUGCUCCUAAUCAGCAGUCUGACCCGCCUUUACUUAACGAGCCCCUCAUACCAGCUUCCAAAAAAGAGGAGCCUCCUGUCUCAUCUACUGAACCUAAGCUGAAUAUUGAACCUCCUGAGGACUCUGAGGAAGAUUUGAGAUUGCAGCAGUUGCAGGUGGCAGCAGCUCAGUGGCAGCAGCAUCCACACCAUCGAGUUGGCUUUCAGUAUCAGAGAAUAAUGCAGAAGCAUGCCCAACUGCAACAGAUCCUACAGAAGUACCAGCAGAUUAUACAACAGCCACCACCCCCACAGACAAUGUCAGUGGAUAUGCAGCUGCAGCAUUAUGAAACGCAGCAGAAACAGUUUCAACAACUUCACAAAGAGUGGGAGCGUGAAUUCCAAGGAUGGCAGGAUCAACUUCAGACCUAUCCUCACAAAGAUCAGCUUCAGGAGUAUGAGAAACAGUGGAAAACAUGGCAGGGACAGAUGAAAGCUACUCAGUCCCAUCUGCAGGAGAAAGUGAACUCACUUCGAAACAUGAAGAAUCAAUACACUGGGAAUGUUGCAUUGCCACCUCCUUUUGUUCCAUGCUCUCAAACCUCUCAAGGAGGCAUGCCUGUUAUGCCUCCAUCUUUGCCUUCAGCCACCCCUCCGCAGGUUCCCCCACCUCUGUCUUCUGAUCCUCAGUUGUCUAACUCAUCUGAACCCCCAACGUCCAGUCUUCAGGUUUUCCAGUCCGCUAAGACAACCAGGCCAGCUCUUCUUCCUAUUCCUGAUUCUUUUGUAUUUAAACUACUUGGCUCAUCUGCAACUUUACCUUGUCAUUCUGAAAUAACUACAUCUGGUGACUCUUCAGACCAAGGAAACUGUCAAGUUCAUCUGGAUAAGCAAGCUGUACCAUUUGUUUCUGUCUCAUCUGAACCAGCAUCUGGAGAACUGAAAACCUCUACUCCAAUAUCUUCAACCUAUGUACCCCCCACCUCCAGCGUUCAAGAUAAACCAGUGAGAUCAGGUGGAUUGCUUCCAGACCCACCCAGAGGCACAUACUUCGAAGGACCAAGAGGUCCUAGGUUUGAUGGACUUCGGGGAAGAGGCUUUGACAGAUUUGAAGGGCCAAGACAGAGAGGACCUCGUUUUGAAGGCCAGCACUUGGAAGGGCCAAGGCCAAGAUUUGAAGGUCAGAAUUCAGAUGGACAGUCUUCAAGCAAAUGGGGGACUGUCCCCCGGGGGCCAGCAGCACAGUUUUAUACUUCCCCAAGUACAUCACAGAUGCACAGUUCCCGACCAAGCGGGUCACAGUGGAGGGGGCCCAAACCUCAACAGCAAUCUCAAGCAGAGUCCCGAACAGAAAACAGAGAUGCUUUUGUUGAUGUGGCUGUCAACCAGGAGUUGGCAAAUAGAACUCAGUCUACGCCAAUUGCCUUUGAUACAGAUGCAAAGAAUUCUGGUCCAGUUCAGCCAGCUGAGGACCUGACAAAAGCUCAGCAGGAGCCACCCAAAGCUAAAGUCAAAAAAAUUAUUCCUCGGCCUAAAAAGUGGACUUGGAGUUCUCAGGAUCCUGCGCAGCAAUUAGAAGAGACAAAACAAACUACUCAACCUCCAUCCAUUCAGAAUCAAAAACCAACACCACUUCCCAGUACACCUGUAACUGUGCAGUCUACUAUUCCUCCGAGAACAGGAGGAACAGCAGCCUUACCUCCAUCCCCUGUAACAGGAAAUAAAGACUUGAAAUCUACAGAUAGUAAAUUGCCCCUUUCAGAAAAUAGCCAGGGUAAAGGACUACCUGGAUCAGAAAAUAAUCAGGGUAUAGGUCUGGUUCAGCCAGAAGAUAACAGAGGCAAUGGACUAGUAAGCAGAGGCAGGGGUCAGGGCAGGCUGGACGACGGCCGAGGCAGAGGACAGGGCAGGCUGGACGACGGCCGAGGCAGGGGUCAGGGCAGGCUGGACGACGGCCGAGGCAGGGGUCAGGGCAGGCUGGACGACGGCCGAGGCAGGGGUCAGGGCAGGCUGGACGACGGCCGAGGCAGGGGUCAGGGCAGGCUGGACGACGGCCGAGGCAGGGGUCAGGGCAGGCUGGACGACGGCCGAGGCAGGGGUCAGGGCAGGCUGGACGACGGCCGAGGCAGAGGGCAGGGCAGGCUGGACGACGGCCGAGGCAGAGGGCAGGGCAGGCUGGACGACGGCCGAGGCAGGGGGCAGGGCAGGCUGGACGACGGCCGAGGCAGGGGGCAGGGCAGGCUGGACGACGGCCGAGGCAGGGGGCAGGGCAGGCUGGACGACGGCCGAGGCAGGGGGCAGGGCAGGCUGGACGACGGCCUCGACAGGGGGCAGGGCAGGCUGGAUGACUGCCGAGGCAGGGGGCUAACAAACAGAGGCAGAGGAUUGCCCAGACAGGCAGCCACCCGAGGCCGGGGGAUGAUCCAGAGAGUGAGCAACCGGGAGGAGCAGCUGGAUAGGCGGUCAGGUAGCAGGGAGAAGUUGCCAGAUGGGCAGUCAGGCAGCUGGGAGAUGGGGCCAGUUGGGCGGUCAGGCAGCCGGGAGAGAGGGUUGUCUGGCCGAGACAAGGAACCAGCUGGCUGGGCAGACAGCAGGGAUAGGGGGCAGUCAGGAAGCUGGGAGAGGGGCCCCGUCAUGCGGGCUGGAAGCCGGGAGAGAGGUCCUAUCAUACGGGCUGAAAGCUGGGAGAGGGGUCCUGGCAGGCGGGCAGGAAGUCGGGAGAGGGGUUCUGUCAGGCGAUCAGGUAGCCGGGAGAGGGAAAUGGGCAGGCCUGAAACAGGCAGUAUUGAUAAACCAAUCCGCCUAGGAGACAACUCUGAGAAAUUAUCUCUGUAUCAUCGAGAGGAACCAACCAGGGCUCCCUGGAGUCACGAAGAGGAGAGAAUGCAAGAGGAACCUUCAUUAAAUAGACGAGAUUCCCAUCCUUUAGAGCGCGAACAAUUGGAUGAUUGGGAAAGAGAUCGAUAUUGGAGAGAGCAUGACACAGAUAUUCAGGAUGAUCAUGUGGAUCCAUAUGAUAGAGAUGACAGGUUACCACUCCGUCUUUCAUUGCCUCCACUAUCACCUCUUCCUCCUCUCCCUCCUUUGUCUUCUGAUCUUGACAGACGAGACACUUGGUGGGAUGAUUGGGAAAGGCCAAGGGAGAGGGAGCUGGAUAGAGAUCUGGACAGGAUUGGAAGACCCUUGGAUGUUUAUGAUCGGGAAUUAGAUAGAGAAUGGGACAGAGAUUAUUUGAGACCUCUGGAUGACAGAGAUACACCGAGUCAUGACCUGGACAUUCCUCCUCUUCCACCUUUGCCACCACUUCCACCUCUGGACAGGUACCAUGAGGACCGGUGGAGGGAGGAAAGAGAUAGGGAUCUCUAUGACAGAGACCUCCGAGACAGAGGAGAGUUGAGGAUCCGAGAGUAUCCAGAGAGGCAUGAUACGUCAAGGGAGAAGCGAGAUUACCUUCCUGAAAGGACUGACUGGGAGAGGGAACGGUUGUCAGAUAGAUGGUAUCCUGAUGAAGCAGACAGACUACGACCUUUGGGGGAUCAGCUUGAUCCACCCCUUCCACCACCACGUUCAUCUGACAUGCUGGGAGCAGAGCCAAACCUGGACCCUGAACAGUCACUUGGAGGGGUAAUGGUCCUUAGUCAAAGGCAGCAUGAAAUAAUCCUGAAGGCUGCCCAGGAGCUGAAAAUGCUUCGGGAACAAAAAGAACAGCUGCAGAAGUUGAAAGAGUUUGUGCCUGAUCCCCACAUGCCCCAACUCUCAUCACAGGAAACUUCUAGAUCACAAACCACAACUACAAGGCCACGUGCCUUUCAGGCAUCUUCUCAGCUGCCACCUGAGACACCAAUAGAAUCUCAGCCUAUCAAACCUUCUCCUGCUGUUAUUAUAAAGCCACCAGUGUUGUUCAGGCAGCCCACCCUGGUGACGAGGCCAGGUGCCCCGGUGACAAGGCCAGGUGCUCCGAUUCCGGCUUCAGCUACAACCUCAAGUCAGGCUCCUGCAAUAAAGCCAACAUCUGGUGCUGUGAAACAGGAACGUUGGGAUGAGGAUUCUUUUCAUGGACUCUGGGAUACCAGUGAAGAUAAAGGAGCAAAUUUGGAGUAUGCAUUAUGUAAACCAGAAUCAGUGCUGCCACAUACAGUGUCAUCUUCUGGGAAAAUACCUCCUCCAGGUCAUACUCCCAUUCCAUCAUCUGUACCAUCAUCAAUUCCUAAACCACCUCUAAUUCAACAGACUGUGGACUAUGGCCAUGGGCGGGAUAUAACCACCAGUAAAGUUGAACAAAUUCCCUAUGGGGAGAGAAUAACUCUGCGUCCAGAACCUUUGCCUGAGAGACAGCCAUUUCCAAAAGAACAUCCAGGCCAGCGGGAUCGUUACAACAGAGAGAGGGAUCGUGAGUCUUACUUUGAGCGUCAAGGCAAUGCAAACACAGAUUACCGAGAUUUUAAAAGGGAGCGGGAACUGCACAGAGACCGAGGCUCAGGAGACUAUGAUCGAGAGAGGUUUGAGAAAGAACGCCAUCUUCGAGAGGACAGGGCACCUCCAACUGGACCGUCAAGGACUCAGUCUUACCGUGACAAGAAAGACCAUCCUUCCUCAAGGCGAGGGGGCUUUGAAAGACCGUCAUACGAACGAAAGCCUGAUCGCCCGACCUAUGAUCAUGGACCUUCCAUGUUUGGAGGUGAUCGGAGAAAUUACCCUGAGGAGAGGAUGCCUAUUUCUGCUCCAUCAGUACCGCGCCAGCCACCCCCUGCUCCCCGGGUAGAGAGGAAACCAGAGUCUAAGAACGUGGAUGAUAUUUUGAAGCCACCAGGACGGGACAGCAGGCCAGAAAGGAUUGUCAUCAUAAUGAGAGGAUUGCCUGGCAGUGGAAAGACACAUGUAGCAAAACUCAUCCGGGACAAAGAGGUGGAGUGUGGAGGACCGGCACCCAGAGUUCUCAGCCUGGAUGACUAUUUCAUCACCGAAGUGGAGAAAGAGGAGAGAGACCCAGAUACAGGAAAAAAAGUGAAAAAGAAGGUGAUGGAGUAUGAGUAUGAAGCUGAUAUGGAAGAGACCUACCGCACCAGUAUGUUUAAAACUUUCAAAAAGACCUUGGAUGAUGGCUUCUUCCCUUUCAUUAUCCUGGAUGCCAUCAAUGACAGGGUGCGCCAUUUUGAGCAGUUCUGGAGUGCAGCGAAAACCAAGGGCUUUGAGGUGUAUUUAGCUGAGAUGAGUGCAGAUAACCAGACUUGUUCCAAGAGGAAUAUCCAUGGACGCAAGCUAAAGGAGAUCAAUAGGAUGUCUGAUCACUGGGAGACUGCACCACGUCACAUGAUGCGCUUGGACAUUCGUUCUUUGUUGCAGGAUGCUGCUAUUGAAGAGGUGGAGAUGGAGGAUUUUGAUGCUAAUAUUGAAGAUCAGAAAGAAGAAUCCAAGAAAGAUACAGCAGAGGAAGAAGAAAGCGAACUGGGUUACAUUCCGAAAAGCAAAUGGGAGAUGGACACUUCUGAGGCAAAGCUAGACAAGCUGGAUGGCUUGCGGACAGGCACAAAGAGGAAACGUGAUUGGGAAGCAAUUGCCAGUAGGAUGGAGGAUUAUCUUCAGCUUCCAGAUGACUAUGAUACACGUGCUUCUGAACCUGGCAAGAAGAGGGUGAGGUGGGCAGACCUAGAAGAAAAGAAGGAUGCAGACAGGAAGAGGGCCAUUGGUUUUGUGGUUGGACAAACGGAUUGGGAAAAGAUCACAGAUGAAAGUGGUCAUCUUGCUGAGAGAGCCCUCAACCGCACCAAAUAUAUCUGAGACAAUUAUUAUAUGGAAUUUUUGUAUCUUUAAGGCCAUUUACUUUGAGGAGAACUGAACCCAGCGUGGCAUGAGCAUCCUGCAUGGAUCAUGUCACUACCAUCUUCACAGAUUAUUUUUGUUUCUUUUGUUGUUUUAGUUUCUGAAAGUUCCUUGAAAUAUUGGCACAUGAUAACCAGUGUCCCCAAAAGACAUACAAUUCCGCUGCACCUAAGCGAGAGUUUUCAUUUUAAUAUUUUUUGGAGGGGAGGGAGGGUCAGUAGUUUUAGCUGCUAUGCGUGGGGUAGGGUGGAAAAAUUAGGCAGAGAAUGUUUCCUCCACUGUAUUGUAACAGAAUGUCUGUAUCACCUUUGCUUUGUGGCCAUUCUCGUUUUAUACUGUACGUACCUUGUAGCUUAUUGUACUAGGAAGCAGAACAAUAAACUUUCACUAUAAACCCAGUGAGUUUGGUGGGCCAUACA